AUGGCAAUGCCUGUCGAGCCUUCCCUAAUCCUUGCUUUUAUCCUCCUCUUUAUCAUCAUCAAAUGGGGAUAUAAUUCCUUGAAGAAAAGCAGGCUUGGUCCAAAACUUCCCCCUGGCCCAUCACCAUGGCCUAUCGUAGGCAACAUCCCUGAGCUCUACAAGAACAAGCCACCGUUUUAUUGGAUCGAUGGCAUAAUGAAAAAACUCAAUACCGACGUUGCAUGCUUCCGUUUAGGCAGCGUCCAUGUCAUCGUGGUGAAUUCACCCCAGGUAGCUCGGGAAUUCUUGCACAAUCAUGAUGACCAACUGGCCUCCAGACCCUUCACCAUGGCUACUGAACUCUCCAGCCGUGGCUUCCUGAGCAUGGCUGUUUCUCCAUGGGGUCCUCAGUGGAAGAAAAUGAGAAAAAUGUACACAAGUGAGUUGAUGACCCCCGCGAGACAUAGGUGGUUAAUCGAGAAAAGGAACCAAGAAGCAGAUAACUACGUGUCUUUCAUUCUUAAUCAGUGCAAGAGUUCUGGCAGAGAUGGCGCUGUCGUUGAUGUCAGAACAGCCCUCCGUCAUUAUGCUAUAAAUGUUGUUAGGAAGGUUGUUUUCAACACAAGAUACUUCGGGGAAGGUGGGAAAGAUGGAGGUCCAGGUGAAGAAGAAAAAGAGCAUGUCAAAGCAAUCUUCACAAUUCUUCGGCACCUCUAUGCAUUCUGUGCAUCCGAUUAUUUGCCUUGGUUGAGGGUGCUGGAUAUAGACAAUCACGAGAAAAUUGUGAAGGAGGCUUUAGGAGUUAUGAACAAGUACCAUGACCCAAUCAUAGAGGAAAGGAUUACGAAACGCAGAAUCAAUGGAGAGAAACAAGAGCCACAAGAUUUACUAGAUGUUAUGAUAUCGCUUAAGGAUGCAACAGGGAAGCCAUUAUUAUCAGAAGAAGAGAUCAAAGCACAAUGCAUUUUGCAGUUAAUACAGGAAGAGUAA